AUGCCUGCACUCAGGCGAGACUACCAUAACACGAGACGGCCGCCAAGACUGGCCUACAUUAGAUCCACCUUACCAGUUCUCAUCACCUUCGUCGUCUUGUCCUUUGGUCUGGGCAGCUACGCCUAUCUUUCAACGUUUCGAUCUCCAGCGUUCACUCAAGGCUUAGGAUGGCAGGCGUGGGACGUGGUAGCCAAACAUGCCGAGGCUCAUACAAUUUCCAAUGGGACAGCUCCGAGUCUUCCGCUUGAUAUAUGGGAUCCCAUGGCCCUGCACACUACCGGUCUCACAGAGAUUAUCAUCCAACCCUGUUACAUGUCCCCGAUACUCUUCGCUAGCUACUGUCGGCCAGCCUCUACCCCUGAGGAUGACAAGCUCAAGGGACAGUGGGUGAUGGUGCAACCAGAUCUGAAUGCCAAGACUGGCCUUUGGUAUUUGAAUGUAUGGUAUCGCCGUACACGCCGACUCGAUGUGCCGCUCAUCGCACAUGUGCAAGUGCUCCCACACCCACCUCCCGCAAGCGUGAAUCUCGAGGGUUGGACCCAAGCGCGUGGGGACCUGCACGAGGGCUUGUGGCCAAGCCAACCUGAGAUGCGCCUCUGGUACAAGACGCGCGACCAGUUUGUCGACGGCCUGCGGCGUGCAGUUGACGAUGCCGACAUCAUCACCGAACUGUCUGUGCACUAUGGCGAUGAAGACCCAUUCUUUGGAUACCACCGCAUUGAGGGCGGUAAAGUCAACCCAGGCAAGGAUGGCAGAUGGGACAGCGUGGACAUCGUCUACCGGCGGGGUAACCCCAUACCCCCAAGCGCGCCGCUCCCUCGUUUCCAUGUCACAGGAGAUUACAAGGUUAUGCAAAUCGCAGACCUUCACUACUCCGUCGGCCCGGGCAAGUGCAAGGACACGGACAAGGUACCUUGCACGGGUGAACCGGACACAGCCAAGUGGUUGGGGGAGGCACUGGACGCAGAGAAACCCGACCUGGUGGUCUUCUCGGGCGACCAGUUGAACGGCCAAAAGUCAUCAUAUGACGCGCGCUCCGUCCUGGCCAAGUUUGCCAGACCUGUUAUUGAUCGUCAUAUCCCCUGGGCCGCUGUCUUUGGAAACCACGACAGCGAGAUUGCCGAAGACAGAGAAGAGCAAAUGGUUGCCAUGCAGCACAUGCCUUAUUCUCUGGCAAGGGCCGGCCCUAGUGAGGUGGAUGGAGUAGGCAACUACGAUAUUAGAAUCUACUCCCCCGACGCGUCCCGGACGCACAUCUUUACCCUCUACUUUCUCGACUCACAUUCGUACCAAAAGACCGUGUUCCCUGUCUCAUGGGCGCGUCCAGACUACGACUACAUCAAACCCUCGCAGAUCGACUGGUUCCUGGAUCUGUCGGCCAGCGUCAAGCCCAUUGAACGGCCGUUCCACCCAGAUGGGGGAACCGAUCUAGACCCCACUUGGUCGUCUCGCAAACGUCGGCUUGAGAAACAGCACAAACGACAGAGUGGCGUGACUCUAGCUAAACCCAACGCCAUCAUGUUCUUUCACAUUCCCCUUCCUGAGGCUUACCUGGCGGCCGACAUUACCGAGGAUACCGCCUACGCUGGUACGCUCGACCUCGGUGUUCAAGAGGACAGGGAGGGCGCAAGUGGCCACAACGGAGGUUUCUUCUCCAACGCUGUUCAGCAAGCACUGGAACAGAGCGGCAGUCGCGAUGGAGAUCUGCUAGGAGCGAAGAGUGUGACCGAGGUCAAAGUCAUCAGUCACGGCCACUGCCAUAACACCGACCGCUGUCGACGUGUCUCGGGUGUGUGGAUGUGUUUUGACGGCGGGUCAUCGUACGCAGGUUAUGGUGAAAAGGGGUUCGACCGCCGCAUCCGCGUCUACAACAUUUCAGACUUUGGCGAGACGGUUUCGACGUACAAGCGACUGACAACAGGCGAGAUCGUGGACCGCCAAGUCCUGGUUGGCCAAGGAGCUGCUCCAGGAUGGGGCCAGGUCGCAGAGGAAUAG